AUACGCAAUCAGGGAGAGCAACAGCAUUGUAAAGAUAUUUAAAAACUUCAAAGAGAAGAAGUCAUUCAAACCUGAUUUUGGAGCAGAAGGCAUCUACGGCGGCUUCCUGUUGGGUGUCAGAUCUGUUAAUGGUUUGGCAUUCUAUGACUGGGAAAACACAGAACUGAUUCGCAGAAUUGAAAUUCAGCCCAAACAUAUUUUCUGGUCUGACUCGGGUGAGCUUGUCUGCAUCGCUACGGAAGAGUCAUUCUUCAUUCUGAAAUACCUAUCGGAAAAAGUUGCAGCAGCCCAAGAAACACAUGAAGGUGUCACUGAAGAUGGAAUUGAAGAUGCUUUUGAGGUUCUUGGUGAGAUUCAGGAGGUUGUGAAAACAGGCUUGUGGGUAGGCGACUGCUUCAUUUACACCAGUUCCGUGAACAGACUCAACUACUAUGUUGGAGGAGAAAUUGUCACUAUUGCCCAUUUAGACAGAACAAUGUAUCUUUUGGGGUAUAUCCCUAAGGACAACCGACUUUAUUUGGGUGAUAAAGAGCUAAACAUAGUUAGCUACUCUUUGCUGGUCUCAGUCCUUGAAUAUCAAACUGCUGUGAUGAGAAGAGAUUUCAGUAUGGCUGACAAAGUUCUUCCCACAAUUCCAAAAGAACAGAGAACCAGAGUUGCACAUUUUCUUGAAAAACAGGGUUUCAAACAACAAGCUCUUGCAGUAUCUACAGAUCCGGAGCAUCGUUUUGAACUUGCUCUUCAACUUGGAGAAUUAAAAAUAGCAUAUCAGCUUGCAGUAGAAGCAGAGUCAGAACAGAAAUGGAAGCAGCUUGCUGAGCUUGCCAUUAGUAAAUGCCAGUUUGGCUUAGCCCAGGAGUGUCUCCACCAUGCACAAGACUACGGAGGACUACUGCUCCUGGCUACAGCUUCAGGAAAUGCUAACAUGGUCAAUAAGUUAGCUGAAGGAGCAGAAAAAGAUGGCAAGAACAAUGUUGCAUUUAUGAGCUACUUCUUGCAAGGAAAGCUUGAUUCAUGUUUGGAACUCCUGAUUAAAACCGGGCGUCUUCCAGAAGCUGCUUUUCUUGCACGGACAUACUUGCCAAGCCAAGUUUCAAGGGUUGUUAAACUGUGGCGGGAGAGUCUCUCAAAAGUCAAUCAAAAAGCUGCUGAGUCCCUUGCUGAUCCUACAGAGUACGAAAAUCUUUUCCCUGGAUUAAAGGAAGCUUUUGUUGCUGAAGAGUAUGUUAAACAAAGUCUGGCUGACUUGCGGCCAGCCAGGGAAUACCCCCUUGUCACUCCAAACGAAGAAAGAAACUUACUUGAAGAAGUGAAAGGAUUUGAGCCUUCUGGAGUAAUGGCAUCUCAGAAAAAGGCUGAAGAACCAGUUCCAUCUCCUAAACAAGAAGUGAUGAAGACGGUUUUGCAGAAUUCUGAUCUACUUCCAACAAGAGAUCAAAAGACACUGCUGGACUUGGAAGAUGACUUAGAUAACUUGGAUCUGGAGGAUAUUGAUACCACAGAUAUCAAUCUGGAUGAAGAGAUCUUAGAUGAGUGAACAUACUUCUUCGAUGACUAAAUCAGUUACUCUAAACGAAGGAAUGAAGUUCUGUGGACUCUGGGCUCCAAUUUAAUUUGAUUUUUUUUUUUAUACUGUAAGUGGUCCAUGUACAUGUAGAAAGAAGGGUAGACCGAGCAACUGCACAAAAAGAAUCAGCUUCCAGUAUGUUGAAAUUCCAAGAUGUAGGCCUGAUCCAGUGCAUACUAAAAAAUGUU